AUGGCAAUAACUGCAGCAGCAGCAGCCGCAGCAGCAGCGGCAAACAAGCUAAACAAGUAUUGCUGUGCCGAGAAGCAGCAGCCGCAGCAGCAGCAACAGCAGCAACAGCAGCAACGAAGGCAGCAACAUCAGCAGAUAAAAGGCAGACAAAAGGCACGAGAUGUGAGAGACGUCUAGAGUUGCUGGGCUGCUGUGCCGCCGCUGCCCCUGCUGCAUGGGAAUUGAAUUCCAUUCAAAAGACGGCAGCAGGCUGUUUGUCAUACUUGCAACAACAACAACAACAACAACAACAACAACAACAACAACAACAGCAGACCAACCAAGCAUGGCCAAGAAGCAUGGCAGAACCCAGUGAAAUGGCUUACAUGCAUUUCUCUGCCUCUCCGCCAGCAGGCGUGUUGAGGUGUGUUGAGAUAGCAUCUUGCAUAAAAUUACUGCCAGUGGUAGGAGCAACAUCGGCAUCUCCACCACCAGCAGCAACAGCAGCAGCAGCAACAUCAGGAGCAGGAGCAGAAGCAGCAGCCACCAGCGACGUGGUUGCCUGAUGCUAUGCCACUGAUAGCCUCGAAAUUGUUGGCAGUUGCAAUUUGCUGUUUGGAAUUUUAAGCGAGCCAACAAUGAAGUUCAAACCAAAGUGAGGGAAAGACAAAAACGCAAAACACAAAAAAAAAACCUCAGCCAAAACGUACAAAAAGAUAAAAAAGCAAGGGAACCCAAAGGAUGAAAGCCUGAGGAGCCCGACAGCAACAUCAUUCUCAUGCUCAUCAGCAAAAAGUUUAACCCGUCACUGGUUUCGAUUUUCGAUUGCUUUUAAAAAGAUUCGAUUUUGAAGACAAAGGAAGCAGUCUACAUUGUUGCAACUCAAAUUGGUUUUACUCACAGCAACUUGACAUGUAUGCAUAAUGAUUAUAACUUUAUUGGAAAGUCAUUAUCUUUUUGUUAUUCAUUUGCUUUAAUGCGUUCUAAGAACCAUCUUGAAACUCAUUUAUUGUUUAACCCAUAGAAACAAUUCUAAUUCAGUUAAUUGUAAACUGUUUUAAAUCAGUUAAGCGAUUUAAAGCAGUCACUUUUUAGCCAGCUGGCGUGAAAAUGGGUUAAGUUUUGGCCUCCGUAUUCGAAGUUGCAGACUGCGCCGCAUUCGAAACCUGCGAUUGCAAUAAAAGUCAGCAGGCAGGCACUGAUGUGUUGUUGCCUCUGCCCACCACUCCAUAUCCACUCUAUCCAAUCCACAAUCCCCCAUCUACCAUCCACAUGGACGACCGACCAGCUACUCCUGCUGGAGCUCCAUGGAGCUCCUUCUCCUCCAUCUGAAUUUCAUUUCAGUGGUGCCUUUCGUUUUUAUUUAUUUUUUAUUUUUCAGCUCGCUUCCAUUCAAUUUCUGCUGCUGCCUGUGCCGCCGCCAUCUGAGCU